UUCCUCUUCUCUGCUCACACAGGGAGCCCAGGAGGUCUCUGCCUCAAAGAUGUCACUGCUGCUGCUGCUGCCCCUGCUGUGGGCAGACUUGGCCCACAGGCCCAAUAUCCUCAUCCCUGGAGCCCUAGACCCUGGCCACUCCAAAAACCUGACUUGUUCUGUGCCCUGGGCCUGUGAGCAGGGAACGCCCCCCAUCUUCUCCUGGAUGUCAGCUGCCCCCGCCUCCCUGGGCCCCAGGACUACCCUCUCCACAGUGCUCAUCAUCACCCCACGGCCCCAGGACCAUGGCACCAACCUCACCUGUCAGGCGAAGUUCCCUGGAGCCGCUGUGACCACAGAGAGAACCAUUCAGUUCAAUGUCACCUAUACUCCACAGAACCCAACCACUGGUAUCUUUCUAGGAGAUGGCCCAGGGAAACAAAAGACCAGAGCAGGAGUGGUUCAGGGGGCCAUCGGGGGAGCUGGUGUCACAGCCCUGCUCAUUCUUUGUCUCUGCCUCAUCUUCAUAGUGAAGAUCCACAGGAGGAAAGCAGCCAGGACAGCAUUGGGCAGGAAUGACACCUACCCUGCCAGAGGGCCAGCCUCCCUGGAACACCAGAGGAAGUCCAAGUUCCAUGGCCCCACUGAAACCUACCGUGCUGCCCCUACUGUGGGGAUAGAUGAGGAGCUGCAUUAUGCUUCCCUCAGCUUUCAUGGGAUGAAUCCUUCCAAGGACACCUCCACUGAAUACUCAGAGGUCAGGACCCAAUGAGGAACCCACAAGAGCAUCAGCCUCAGCUAGAAGAUCCACAUCUUCUAUGCGUUGGGGACCAAAGGCUAAUUCUUGGAGAUUUAACAUCCUACAGGCAAUGGGUUUAUAGACAUUAUGUGAGUUUCCUGCUAUAAUGUCAUCAUCUUAGACUUUGUCACUAGAGAGUGCUGGAAUCAAAUCUGUGCUCCUUCAUUUACUAAGUGCAUGAUAUCACACAAACUCCCUAACCUUCCAUGUCUCCAUUUCCUUAUCUGUAAAAUAGGUGCAAGAAGUCCUAACUCGA